CAUUAAGGUUUGACAUUUGGUUGCUUCGUGUCGUGGUUCGAUUUGUUCCAAGCGGCUUCGAGAAAAGAAAAAGUUCAGAUAAAAAUUUGACCACAGUCAGUUUUACCAUUAAAACUCGAGCCACUUUUGUUGUUAGAGAAGAGAGCAAGGUUUCGGCUGGAAAAAAUUUAAUAAUUUUCUGCUAGAGUACAGAAAACCGCUAAAGAUGCACACGGUUCUCACGCGAGGGAACGCAAUCCUGGCCUACUCGCUAAGUGUGUUGGCCUUCCUGACAUUCUGCUGCUUUGCAUCAACCUUUUUGAAUGAUUACCGAACAAAUGCAAAAAUUAACACCGUAAAAGUUCUCGUUAAAAAUGUUCCCGACUUCAGUGCUUCCCGCGAGAAAAAUGAUCUGGGCUUCCUCACGUUCGAUCUCAACACCGAUCUGAAUGGUCUGUUCAACUGGAAUGUAAAGCAGCUGUUUCUUUACCUCACCGCCGAGUACAAAACCGAACAGAACGAACUGAACCAGGUGGUGCUGUGGGAUAAAAUUAUUCUGCGCGGUGAAAAUGCGAAUCUGGACUUCAAGAACAUGAACACCAAAUAUUACUUCUGGGAUGAUGGCAAUGGUUUAAAGAAUCAUCAAAACGUAACGCUGACGCUAUCGUGGAAUAUCAUUCCUAAUGCCGGCCUGCUGCCGAACAUUUUUGCCCUCGGUCAUCAUUCGUUCAAGUUUCCGGAAUCGUACAUGGUUUCGCCAGUCUAAGGUGGCGUCCGAUCAUCGGAGAACCGCAGGAACUGAGCGAAACGGUAGCACAUGUUAUAGGGAAACUGAAAGAAGAGCACAACAUGCCGACCAGUAAUUAUCAAAUCCUUGUUUCCGUCGAUUUUCAAUUUGCAUUUCGUUUUCCAGUUGGCAUUCCAAGAGCCGCACUCGGUUCUUGCUUACAGCAGUGUGUGAAUGAGAAAGUUUUUCCGUAGAACUUUUGUGUGCUUAAUUCUAAGCCGGCCGAAUCAGUUAAGUAGCGAAUAAAUUUUUCCAUUGAAAAAUCU